AUGGCAAAGAAACUAACCUUCUUGUCCUGUCUAAUAUUCUUCAUGGUCGCUGUUCUAGCCCACAAUAAGGCUUCUAGCACCUUGUUACCAGCUUCUCAGCUUGAACCACAGGGAAACAGCCAAAUGCAGUAUGGUGCUACUCAGGGGAGCCUUCAGCCUCGAGAAUGUGCACCUAGAUGCACUGGUAGAUGCUCAAAAACUUCAUUCAAGAAGCCAUGCAUGUUUUUCUGUCAAAAAUGCUGUGCUAAGUGUCUGUGUGUACCUCCUGGGACAUAUGGCAACAAGCAAGUUUGCCCUUGCUACAAUAACUGGAAAACCAAGAGAGGUGGACCAAAAUGCCCUUGA